ACUACAGCACAAUACAAAGACAUCAGCAGCACAUUACGUUGAUUUCAGAUUGACAAAUCCCAUUAUGCAGCAAGAUAUGAGAUACGCACAGCCUUCAGUUUUUUGGACGGAUCCAUGUAGAACCCCACCAUUGCCACCAUUGCCACCAAACCAAGUCAAUAUGCCUCUACCACCCCCAUUCCCGGACUUCAGGAGAAAACGACGUAAAGAUGGCACUUGUACUUACUUGCUGAUCAUGUUCCUUCUGAUUUUGCUAGCACUUUUUGGUGUUGGUCUUGGCACCUAUAAAAUCAUCGAGUUGCAAAAGGAACUGGACAACGUUAAGGAGAUUUCUGGUGACCAGGCAUUACCUCCUGCUUUGGAAAAAUUAAUUGGGUUGAACAAACACCCAACUGAGAAAAAAGAAAGUAGACUUGCUGCACAUGUAACAGGUAAAGAAGGUAAAGAAGGUAAAGAAGGACCCACUUUGCCAUUAGCAUGGGAAGAAACAUUUGGACGCGCUUUUACCUCUGGCAUCCAGUACAAAAACAGAGGUCUAGUGGUGAACCAGACUGGCCUGUACUUCCUUUAUUCAUCUAUUUACUUCAGAAGCACUUCCUGCCAGAGUAAAGAAUUGUCCCAUACUGUCUACAAGAAGUCCAAGAGGUACCCUGGAGAGCUCAUACUGAUGCAAAAUACAGAGUAUCAAUACUGCACCUCCAAUAACAAAUGGGGAAGGCACAGUUACCUUGGCUCUCUGUUUAACUUCACCACGGAUGAAACAAUCUAUGUCAAUGUCUCUGAUGUUAAACUUGUCGGUUUUGAUGAAUCCAGGACAUUCUUCGGGCUUUACAAACUCUGACAAUGUUGGAGUGCUCAAAGGAAUUAUAACUUACCUUAAUACAAUGGACAGUGUUGAAUGUUAAAAUUGAAAACAAGCUAUAUGAAUAUGACCUGCUCAUAAUAUGUAACUGUUAUACAGUGUGAUCAUUUUCCAGAAUUCUGCAACCAACAAUGAUACCAACUGACAUCAGUGUUGUAAUACAUGUAGAUCUCAAUGAGAAAGUCAGUUCCAUUAUUUCUCACUGUAGCAUCCCUGACUUUUUAAACACGGUACGUGCUUUGACAUAAACAUGCAGGGCUUGUUCAAAUACAAAUGAAUAUGGCUUUCCAACCAAAUUUACCCAUCAUGAAUUAUUUUCACUAAAAGUCCUCAAAGUCCACAUUGAUACAAUAUUACAUAUUGCCAACUCAUAUCCUGGAUGCAAUUACACUUCACUAUACAAAACCUUUUCAAGCACAGAAAUGGCCAAAUAUUAUGUUAAAGAACCACUAUUUGUAUGUUUAAUGGCAAACAUGCCAAUGAUCAUGCUUGUUGCUUAUAGCAGUCCAAAAGUACAGAGGAUGACCGGACAGAAAGAGAACUGAAAGCAUUAAACACCUUGUACAAGAGAAGAACAUGUAUUACUCAAAAGGAAACAGAAUGUACAGCAGAGAUAGGAAAGUGCGGGAUUCUGUUUAAAAGAAUAUGCGCGGCCGCAGAGUUCCUGCCCAACCACUCUCAAGUCAUCAAGUCAAGUGAGAUGUAUGAAAUGAGAAUAUGAGAGCUCCAGUUUGAUUUGCUUGUGUUAUGUGGGCAAUACAUUACAAUGGAAUUAACCAGCCCUAGAAAUGAUUACGUUGUUCCCAAUGUAGCAUGGUAUCAGUAUCAGUCACUGUUGAAUUCUAAAGGUUUCUGAAGUAAAGCAGGCUAUGUUAACUAAACAGGGCUAGAUGUACUGUUUAAAUGACACUAACAGGUGUCCCUUAUUGUAAAUAUAUAGAUAUAUAAUUUACUAGACUAUUUAUUUAAGAUGUACUCCAUGUAGUAGCCUGCUAUAUUAUGAUGAAUAUAAAAGUGAAAAUACAAAUUUAAAUUGUGUGCUAAUUAGUAUGAUUGUUCAUGUGAUACUGUAAACUGAUUACUUUACUGGACAUCAACAUUUUCUGGGUUAAAUUAAUUCAUGUUAAUAAAAUCUAACUUUGGGGUUAAGAAGAGUUAGUUUGUUCAUCAAUUUCUAACAUUACUGGUGCUUUCAGGUAUAGCUUUCCUUAUCCAAAAUGUAUAUUUAAACAGCCUGGACACUUUUUUAUUUCUAUAUAUUUUUUGUUUAUGUUAGUUACAAUGAAUACACCCACAGAUAUUUAUUAGGUAUACUUGGCUAUACAAAUAUCAGUUUUUGGCAAGAAUAAA